CAGGCACUGUUACUAAGAAUACCAUGAUCAAUUAUACAAUGGAUUUCGUGUGUCGUUUAGUCAUAAAAUGUAUUCGCUGUCUAUUAAUUCAGUUCUAAUAUGCUGGAGGGUGAGCAAAAUAUGAUUGCUGGUUGUAUAGUUUAUGAAUCUACAUAGUACCAUGGGUCGCAUUAGCUUUCAGAAAUCAGCAUUUUUAAAACGCAGACCAUAAAACACAUGCGUUUUAAACCAUUUCACCUGCGUUUUAUAUCGAAAGUCAACAGUGGUGUUUUGCAUCAAUGAAGGGGCGUGCAAGAACUAAACGAUGCAUGGCCAUCAUAUUUCUCAAUGUUUAUCGUAGAAAGAAUGUAGCCAGAUACAUUUCCUAAUGUUUUGCUUGAAGAAUCUAGCAUUUUUACUAGCUACCAGAGAAAUACUAAACAGGAGGAAAGUACCGGACAAACGUAGUCUACAAUAGUCUGCACAUCAGUCAGAGCAAGAACAUUUCAUCGGAGUGUAGAAGUGCAACUAAAAAAAAAGCAAAAAAGUAGUCCUUUUACAUGAACGAUUUGGAGCGAACCCUGACUGAAAACCGAGCAGAAUUUACAAUAAGAAGCAUUUUAUAAAACGCAACAAGAUGUAGCCUAUUUUCUGCGUUCUGUCUUUCCUUUUCUGCGUGACAAAUGCGAAUCCUGCGUCAACGCGACCCCUGAUAAUACUGUUACAAAGUCCUUAACGUUUCUUGGUAAACAUCAACAUAACUCUUGUCGGUAGGUCAUUACAAGCUUAGAGGCAUAAGGUUUGUGUGGUUUCAUUGUGGGACGUUCUGAACAGGGGAUGCGAUUUAUAUGUUAUUAUUUCUCUAUGGCCUCUCUCUUUCUGUGUUGCUGUCAAUUUGUUCCCCUUGUCUCUCUGUUAUGUCCCGGUGGUUUAUUUUGAGGUCUUCUUCACAGCUGUUACAUUUGUGGGGCCAGAGUUAGAGCUCCCCCUCUCUCUCUUUCCCCUCUCCUAGAUCCUGGACCUUUUGUGCACGCCUAUCAGAAUGGAGACAUGUCAGGUGAGUGACCAGGGGGACCCAGCCCAGUAUCAGGGUCAGGUGGACCUGACAGAGGACCUGAGCAAGCAGCUAGAGGACAUCAUCAGUACCUACCAGGAGGCCAGUGAGGAGCCUGCUGAGCAGGAAGAGGUGGAGGAGGAGGUUCUGACGGAGCAGGUCACCAAAAGCUCCGCCAAGGACCAGAAACUAGAGAAGAAGAUGCUGAAAAGCCUCGGCAAAGAGGCCAUGCUAUUGAUGCAGAGCUUGAACAAGCUCGGCACUCCAGAGCAAAAACUGGAGGCCAUCAUCAAGAAGCAUGCUGAGCUGCUGGAGGAGCACCGGGGUGACCAGAAGCAGCUGAAGGUUCUGCAGAAGAAGCUUCUUCAGGUGAUGAAGGAGAAGGACCAGCUUCAGAGUGAACACAGCAGAGCGGUCCUGGCCCGCAGCAAACUGGAGUCUCUGUGUAGGGAGCUGCAGAGACACAACAAGACACUGAAGGAGGAGACCCUCCAGAGGUGCAGGGAGGACGACCUGAAGAGGAAGGACAUCACCACUCACUUCCAGAGCACGCUAACGGACAUCCAAGUCCAGAUCGAGGAGCACAGUAACCGCAACACCAAGCUGUGUCAGGAGAACAGCGACCUGGCAGAGAAACUCAAGAGCCUCAUCUCCCAGUACGACGCAAGAGAAGCGAACCUGGAAAAGGUAUUCAAACAUCGAGACCUGCAGCAGCAGUUGUUGGAAACCAAACUUGAACAGGCAAACAUGUUCAUUAAAGAGGGAGAGGAGAAGCACAAGCGAGAGAGGGAUCAUUUGAUAAAUAAGGCGGCACAGUCACAGGUGAAGGUGCAGAUUCUGAAGGAGCAAGAGGAAGGGAUGCAAGCCCAGUUGUCCAUGUACUCUGAGAAGUUCGAUCAGUUCCAGGGGACUGUGUCGAAGAGCAAUGGAGUGUACGCCAGCUUUAAACAGGACAUGGAUAAGAUGACCAAGAGAAUGAGGAAGCUGGAGAAGGAGUCUAUUCAAUGGAAAAGCCGUUUUGAGGGCUGCAACAAGGCUCUUAUUGAUAUGCUCACAGACAAAACCUUGAAGGAAAAGGAGUUUGAGCUGUUCACCCUGAAGACCCAGAAGCUGGAAAAACUGUGCCGGGCGCUGCAGGAGGAGAGGAACAGUCUCUCUCAUAAGCUCCAGGAAGCAAAUCCAGCGGCUGCCACCAGUGUAGCGGAGAUGAAAGAAAAUGAGACAAAGGAGAACGAGAACUCAGAGGUACCUGCUGCUGAGAAGCCCAUUGAGACACCCUCUGAAAACCCAUCUAAUGAAAGCCCUACUCUCAAAGUACCUGUUGCUACAGAAACCCUCGCAGUUAUAACUCCUGCUCCGGAAAAACCUGCUCCUCCAACACACCUGACCAGCGAGCUGGAGAACCUGAAGGCCCAGAAGUCCCGUCUGCAGGAGAUUCAAAUGUCGUUCACCCUUUCCAACGUUGUGCCACCUGAGUUCUUUGACAACGAGGAAGAGGAGGAGACCACCACAGAGCCACAUGGACACACUGAGGCCCCAGAGGCCAGUAGCGAGGCCAGCAAGACCCCAGAGGAACAUCACAUAGAGGGGUGUAAUGGAGACAAGAUGACAGAGGAGACCACUGGCCCUUUUUCCUCUUAUUCUUCUUCUUCUCCUGCAGCAGUUGAAGGAGACGAGGCCCAGGAGCAGAGAGAUAGGGAACUGGAGACAGUUGACUAGACUAUGGUGUAGUUACAGUAAGUUACAAUCAGAGAUGAAGAACAUGAAGUGAUCAUAACUUAUUUGACUGGAUUUUUUAAGAAUAAACAAUAAAAACGUG